CUUUUCUACAAAUACACAGUGAUGAUAGAAAGAGGAAGACGUAAUGGAGUGUUCCCGAGCGUCUUUGCAAUGAACAUCAUUUUAGAACUAUCCAACAAAUCCCACGGACUGGAGUUUCAAUGAAGGCGGGGGCCUCCUCCAUGUGGGCGUCAUGUUGCGGGCUGCUGAACGAGGUGAUGGGCACAGGGGCGGUCCGCACACAGCAGCCGGGCUUUGGAGCUGGUGCCGGGCCAUUCCGCUUCGCCCCUAGUGCUGGAUGUUCCACCUACCCCCCCAGCAGCGCCACCUCAGGAAGCACAGGCCUGGUGUGCAAAGCCUGCGGACUGGCUUUCUCCGUGUUCCGACGAAAGCAUGUUUGUUCGGACUGUAAGAAGAGUUUCUGCUCGCUGUGCUCUGUGCUGCAGGAGAACCUGAGGCGCUGUGCCACCUGCCACCUGUUGUGGGGCACGGCCUUCCAGCGGCCACGCUUAAUGCAACUCCGUGUUAAAGACCUGCGACAGUACCUCACGUUGCGAAACAUCAACACAGACACCUGCAGGGAGAAAGAGGACCUCGUGGACCUCGUGCUCUGCCAUCUGGGUGCUGAGCUUGAGAUCGGAGAAGAUGAUGAGGAGGAUGAAGAGGAGGAGGCGGAAGUGGACACGGACAGCCUGCCGUCACUCCCGCACUCUCUUUCCACUCCGCCUGCCUCUGCUGCAUGCUCCACAUCCCAGCAGUCCACAUCCCAGCAGUCCACAUCCCAGCAGUCCACAUCCCAGCAGUCAGCGCUGUCCGCAACCGUCUCUCAGGGAGAAGCUCUCAGUCGCAGCAAUAGCUCAGGGACAAUCAGUCAGGACCAUGGAGAUGCUGCAUCAGUUGCUCUCCUCAACCUGGAACCUCAUGAAGAGAUAAUGGAGGCAAGCCCGGCGACGCAGAGACGGGCGCGCGCCUCACUCUCAGACCUGUCUCAAGAGGACGACAUCGAGAGUCUGACGGUACGGCAGUUAAAAGAGAUCCUUGCACGAAAUUUUGUGAACUAUUCAGGCUGCUGUGAGAAAUGGGAACUGGUGGAGCGUGUCCAUCGACUCUACAGAGAGAACAAACACAACAGAAGAUCCAUGGAAAACGUUAGCAACGUGUCUGCAGUUGUAGCCUACCCUGCACCUAUAUGUAAUGGAGGUAUUGGAGAAAAUCUUCUAUGCAAGCAUGGAAUGCAAGUUGCUCAGCUGGGCGGCGUUGAUGAGAACCUCUGUCGUAUCUGCAUGGAUGCCGUUAUAGACUGUGUUCUGCUGGAGUGUGGUCACAUGGUCACCUGCACAAAGUGCGGCAAGAGAAUGAAUGAGUGCCCUAUCUGCAGGCAGUACGUGGUGCGGGCGGUGCACGUCUUCAAGUCUUAACACUGGGCCUCUACUGGAAAAUCAACACACACACACUGCUGAAUCGAGCAGUAUGGGGCCAUGACUGGACAAAGUGACUGCCCCUGUAGUUUCACACUGAAUUAAAGGGAUAGUUCACCCAAAAAGAAAAAUUCUGUCAUAAUUUACUCACCCUCAUGUCAUUCCAAACUCGUGGAUGUCAAAAGAUAUUUGAAGAAUGUACGAGUGGCUCUUUUCCUUGCAAUUAUAAUGAAUGGAAUUGGAGCUUUUAAAGCUUUAAAAACUUGGGUGCUAUAUUCCAAGCUUUCUGCAAUAGCUUUAUGUGAAGAACAUACCAAAAUAUGUCAUUAUUAAUUAAAAAUCUUGACAUCCGCCCUAGUUGUCCUUAAACAAAUCAUUCUUUUAAGUCAGGUCUUUUUUAAUGAAUCGGCUGAUUUGGUUGAAACUGACAUGAGGGUGAGUAAAUAAUGACAGAAUUCACAUUUUUGGGUGAACUGUCCCUUUAAAGUCUUAAAAAGUGGCACUGCGCACACUUAUUUCAAGUGCAAGCAUUUCCUCCUGGCUGUUUUAUUUGGUGAUUCAUUGACAUUGUACUUGAGUUUGAAUCAAAUCUGUGGUUAGUAAGCCAGGGAAGAUGGACUGUAAUGGAAAAAAAGUAUAUAAAUAUGAAAGAUUAAAUGAUUUACAUUCCUGUAAACAUUUGGAAAUGUUUUAUUGUAUGUGCAAUAUUAGAAUUCCUUACGUGUGCGUGUAGAGAAACCGAUUGCCAUUAAGAUGCAUGUUGUCGUAGCGACAGUGAAGACCAAUGCGUGAAGGGAGAACAGAGGUGCCAAAGUAGAAAUGUGCAGAAUGGCUUCUGGAUUGUUUUUACAUGCUAUUAUUUAUAACCUUUUUCCAUGUAUUUAAUCUGCUAUUGACACAUGACACAAUUUAGCAUCCGUGACACAGGAUCAAAUGACCAGCGAGCAGUGAAGUUAUCAACAGCAACGGUGACUGCAAGUUAAAAGAAAAUAUAUUUUCAAAGAGUCACUGGAAACCAGCAUCUGCCGUUAUGUAGCUUAUCACUGGAACCUCAAUUUUGAAACUUUUUGAAGUGGAAAAACUUGGUGCACCUUAAAUUGGCCACAUGCCGUGAUUGGAUUUGAUUAACAAAAUGGCACAUUUUAUCUGUUGGUCAAAAAGAAAAAUCUGCUUUGAUCUUCAUCUCAAGCAAUACCAUGAUGACAGAUGUCUAUUUUUUGGUGUGUUGUAUUGUGCCACACAAACCUGUGUGUACAUUUUCAAAUACACUGCCUGGCCAAAAAAAAAAAAAAGCUGUAUACUUCAAUAUUUCAUUGGACCGCCUUUAGCUUACGCCGCACGUUCGUCGUGGUAUUGUUUAAACAAGCUUAUGCAAUAUCACAACAUUUAUUACCAUCCAGAGUUGCAUUAAUUUUUGUCCAACAUCUUGUGUGAUGAUGGGAGAGUCGAACCACUCCGUAAAAUCUUCUUCAGCACAUCCCAAAGACUUUCAAUGGGGUUAAGGUCAGGACUCUGUGGUGACCAAAUCAUGUGAAAAUGGUUCCUCAUGCUCCCUGAACCACUCUUUCACAAUUUGAGCCCGAUGAAUCUUGGCAUUGUCCUCCUGGAAUAUGCCCGUGCCGUCAGGGAAGAAAAAAUCCAUUGACGGGAUAACCUGGUCAAUCAGUAUAUUCAGUUAGUCAACUGACUUUAUUUUAUUGCUGCAUAAUGUUGCUGAGCCUAGACCUGACCAAUUGAAGCAACCCCAGAUCAUAACACUGCCUCCAGUGGCUUGUACAGUGCAUGACGGGUGCAUCGCUUCAUUCACUUCCCUUCUUACCCUGUCGCACCCAUUGCUUUAGAAUAGGGUAAAUCUGGACUCAUCAGACCACAUGACCUUUUUCCAUUGCUUCACAGUCCAAUCUUUAUGCUUCACAGCCAAUUUAAAUAAUUUUUCCGAUUAGCCUCACUAACAAGUGGCUUUCUUGUGGCCACACAGCUGUUUAGUCCCAAUCCUGUAAGUUCUCGUCACAUUGUGUGUGUGGAAAUGCUCUUACUUUCAAUAUUAAACAUAGCCGUGAGUUCUACUGUCGAUUUUUUUUUUAUGAUGUGACUUCAAGCCUUUUAGUGAUCUCCGAUCACGAUCAUUCAAGAUUUUUUUUCCGACCACAUUUCUUUCACGAAGCUGACGGUUCACCACUAUCCUUCCAGGUUUUAAUAAUGUGUUGGACAGUUCUUAACCCAAUUCCAGUGAUUUCAGCAAUUUCCUUAGUUGUUUUCUUUGCUUGAUGCAGGCCAAUAAAUUGCCCCUUCUGAAACACAGUAACAUCUUUUCCACGACCACGGGAUCCAUCUUCUGACAUGGUUGUUUAAGAAAUGAGAAGCUACACACUGCAUCAGUUAGGGUUAAAAGAAUUGUUGCCAGCUGAAACAUUUUAAUAACUGCAAUUAUGAUCCAAUCAUAGGCUCUUAAAGGAGCAAUAUGUAAUAUAUUUACUGUACUAAAGCAUAAAAUUAUCAUAAUAUGUUAUCAGAGAUUUUGGAAACAUGCCAAGUUGAAAUACUGGCUUCUCCAAAAACAAUGCUACAGCCAGUAUAUUCUACUUUAAAAUGUCCCUUCCAGGCCGGAAUUUCUGUUUAUGUUUUGGCCUGUGUGAUCCCGCCCACUGCCCUUUUCCCAAUAGUAUUUCGACACCCCGGGUUGCCAGAUUUGAAAUAAGUUAGUGGGCAAACACAGCUCACUGCAGACAUGGAAGCCAGCAAUACAUCUAGCUAACAUUGACAGUUAUAAAAAAUCUAAUUGAGCUGGUUUAUAAAAAUAAAAACACUGCAAAUGUAUGCAUUAGCUGAUCAACAUACAGUGUAAGGCUCGUCGCUUGCCAUUGUCAGUUUGCUCGUUCCUGUUGCGUGUUCUCCACCUGGCAACCCAAAUGAGUUUGGAGUCUGGGGAGGAGGGGGCGGGGGAGACAACUCUUUCCAAUAUUUUGAAUUUGGACUGCAGUACCCAUUUGAAACGUUUGAUGUCAGUGUUACAUAUUGCUACUUUAAGUAUCUUGCUUAUUUAAGACCAAAUGGCAAUUUUUUUUUUUUUUUUUGCCCAGGCUGUGUAUUUCCACAAGCGGUACUACAUUGUUUCUUUCCCCUCUUUUGUGAAUAUUGAAGUCUUCUAGAUAAUGAUAAGAUACUGAGAGGAAUUUGUCAUAUUCCUCUAGAUGCCCUUCGUUUGCUGUGAGUUAUGUAGUCAAAUAUAAGUUAGUAUGUCUGUGGUAUUGCCUAGACAAACAAAUAAUGGAAAAUUUAACCAAUUAAUCACAUAUGAUUUUAUAUAAAUGUGAAAACAAGAUGUACACCAAGUAUAUGGAUAUACUUUCA